ACUGCCUCAUGUCGGCGAACUUGACGCCUCCUGGAGCAAAUCCGCGCUGACUGAAACGCGGAGAGGUUCCGACUCGUUUUUUUCUGGAUAUUUUCAAGAGAAUUUGACGAAGAGUGGAGAAAGGAAAAAAGAAGACGCGAGAAAUAAAGGAUAGUCAAGGCGCCUGACGACGGCGGAAUGGCGGACGGGGACCCGCUGGUCUCGAUACCCAUGGAGGUUCGGGCCAAACUGGCCGAGCUGGAGUUGGAGUUAUCCGAAGGGGACAUCACGCAGAAAGGUUACGAGAAGAAAAGGUUCCAGCUGAUUGGAGCGUUUUUACCACCAGGUCCAGCUGCGGACACGUCGGGUGGCCAGGAGAGGAGACCACAACCCACGCCGGCAUCACGGCUCCACCGCAGAUGUUUGUCGGGCUCCCGAGACGAACGCUACCGCUCAGACAUCCACAGCGAGGCUGUGCAGGCGGCGUUAGCGAAACAUGGCGAAAGGAAGAUGGCCGUCCCCAUGCCGUCCAAGCGGCGCUCCCUGGUGGUGCACAACUCUAUGGAGGCCUACACGCCGCCAGACACGUCCUCGGGUUCUGAGGGGGAGGAGAAGGCGGACGACUAUGAGGAGGGAGAAGGUGCAGAAGAGGAGAACGGAGGAGGAAAUGCGGACGUCAUGGGAACGUCAUCGAGCUUGGAGGGCGGCAUGACUGUGGAGCACUGGAUCAGCCGCGCCAUCCACGCUGGCUCGUCCGCCACCAACACCAACUCGUCCACUGCUUCCUCGUCCUCGUCCACCAGCAGCGGGGCGGUAGCAUGCGGUCGAUUGGCCGAGGUUCUGGCCCAGCAUGUCCACAUCUCCGCGCACCAGCACCACCUUCGCCUCCACCAGCGCAACCAGCAGCACCACAAGACCGAGAUCCACUCAGCUCCCCCAGACGUGACAAGUUACAUCAACAACGCCCCAACAGCCGACAGGAUCCAGGCAGAGAAAACAGCGGGCAGUGGCGGCCACAGACAGACACCCAAAUACGGCAACGCUGAGCUGAUGGAGACGGGGGACGGUGUUCCAGUUAGCAGCAGAGUGUCAGCCAAGAUUCAGCAGCUGGUCAACACGCUAAAGAGACCCAAGAGACCUCCGCUUCGAGAGUUUUUUGUGGACGACUUUGAGGAGCUCCUGGAGGUGCAGCAGCCGGACCCCAAUCUGCCCAAAGCCGAAGGGGCCCAGAUGGUGCCCGCCCACGGGGAGGACCUGGGCGCUGUCACCAGCUGGCCGCCCUGUCUGGAAGCUGCCCUGCAGCGGUGGGGCACCAUCUCUCCCAAGGCACCCUGUCUCACCACCGUCGACACAAACGGGAAAUCGCUCUGCCAGCUCACUUACGGUAAGCUUUGGUCAAGAAGCGUGAAGGUGGCCUACAACCUGUCACACAAGCUGGGAACCAAACAGGAACCUCUCAUCAGACCUGGAGACCGAGUGGCACUGGUGUUCCCCAACAACGACCCCGGCUCAUUCAUGACUGCGUUCUAUGGCUGCCUGCUGGCCGACGUGGUCCCCGUGCCCAUCGAAGUGCCUCUGACCCGAAAGGAUGCGGGAAGUCAGCAGAUUGGCUUCCUGUUGGGGAGCUGUGGCAUCACCGUGGCUCUAACCAGCGACCUCUGCCACAAAGGACUUCCCAAGAGUCCCACUGGCGAUAUUCUGCACUUUAAAGGCUGGCCCAAGCUGCUGUGGAUCGUGACCGAAUCCAAACACUUGUCGAAACCCCCCCGAGACUGGUUCCCCCACAUCAGGGACGCCGGACACGACACGGCAUACAUUGAGUACAAGACUUGCAAAGAUGGCGGCGUCCUGGGCGUGACGGUGACGCGGGCCGCCAUGUUGACUCACUGUCAGGCCCUCACGCAAGCCUGCUCAUACACCGAAGCCGAGACCAUGGUCAACGUUCUGGACUUUAAGAAGGACGUUGGACUUUGGCAUGCUGUCCUCACCAGCGUGAUGAACAUGAUGCACGUGGUGAGCAUCCCGUACGCCCUCAUGAAGGUCAACCCGCUCUCAUGGAUCCAGAAAGUGUGUCAGUUCAAAGCCAAGGUGGCGUGCGUGAAGUCGCGCGACAUGCACUGGGCUCUGGUGGCACAUCGCGACCAGCGCGAUGUCAACUUGACGUCGCUCAGGAUGCUGCUGGUCGCCGACGGCGCCAAUCCCUGGUCCAUCUCGUCAUGUGAUGCCUUCCUUAAUGUCUUCCAUACCAAAGGUUUGAAGUCAGAUGUCAUUUGUCCCUGUGCCAGCUCACCUGAGGCGCUCACUGUAGCCAUCAGGAGGCCUACGGAGGAUCCCAGCAGGACGCCACCUCGCGGCAUUUUGUCCAUGCACAGCCUCAGUCACGGAGUCAUCAGACUCGACUCGGACGACAAACUCGCCGUGCUCGCCGUGCAGGAUGUCGGAUGUGUCAUGCCCGGAGCUGUGAUGUGCGCGGUGAAGCUGGAUGGCGUCCCACAGCUGUGUAAAACCGACGAGGUCGGCGAGUUGUGUGUAUGCACGGUCGCCACGGGGACGUCCUACUAUGGCCUCAGUGGAAUGACUAAGAACACCUUUGAGGUGGUUCCCGUCACCAGCGCCGGCGCCGCCAUCAGUGACUUUCCCUUCACCAGGACGGGGCUGCUGGGCUUUGUGGGCGCGUCCGGUCUGGUGUAUGUGGCGGGCAAGACGGAUGGCCUGAUGGUGGUGGGGGGGCGGCACCACAACGCCGACGACAUCGUCGCCACGGCGCUCGCCGUGGAGCCCAUGAAGUUCGUCUACAGGGGACGGAUAGCGGUGUUCUCCAUCGAGGUCCUCCAUGACGAGAGGAUUGUGGUGGUCGCUGAGCAGCGGCCCGACUCCACAGAGGAGGACAGCUUCCAGUGGAUGAGCCGUGUGCUGCAGGCUAUCGAUGGGAUCCACCAGGUGGGCGUGUACUGUCUGGUUCUGGUUGCGCCCAACACGCUCCCCAAGACUCCCCUGGGGGGCAUCCACCUGUGCGAGACCAAGCAGCUCUUCCUGGAGGGGGCGCUGCACCCCACCAACGUCCUCAUGUGUCCGCACACUUGCGUCACCAACCUGCCCAAACCCAGACAGAAGCAACCAGAGAUCGGCCCUGCGUCGGUGAUGGUGGGAAAUCUGGUGUCUGGGAAGAGGAUCGCUCAGGCCAGCGGAAGAGACAUUACUCAGGUCGAGGACAACCACCAGUUCCUGUUCCUGUCUGAGGUGUUACAAUGGCGAGCACAGAGCACACCGGAACAUGUACUGUACACGCUACUCAAUGCACGGGGAACGACGGCCAGCUCAGUGACAUGCUCGCAGCUCCACAAGAAGGCUGAGAAGGUGGCGGCCAUGUUGGCCGAACGCAGCCACCUUCAGGACGGCGACCACGUCGCACUGCUCUACCCUCCAGGUAUGGAGCUGAUCGUGUCGUUUUACGGGUGUUUGUACGCCGGUUGCGUUCCCGUCACCGUGCGUCCGCCUCACCCGCACAAUAUUGCCACAACGUUGCCCACCGUCAAGAUGAUCGUCGAGGUGAGUCGUUCGGUGUGCGUCUUGACCACUCAGGUCAUUUCAAAGCUGCUCAAGUCCAAAGAGGCCUCGGCUGCCGUGGACAUGCGCACGUGGCCGCCCGUCCUGGACACAGAUGAUUUGCCGAAGAAGAAAGCUCCUCUGCUUUACAAACCCUCCAAUCCUGACACGCUGGCCUACCUGGACUUUAGCGUGUCCACCACCGGCAUGCUAGCUGGCGUCAAGAUGUCUCACGCGGCCACCAGUGCCUUGUGUCGCUCCAUCAAGCUUCAGUGCGAGCUGUACCCGUCCAGAGAGGUGGCCAUCUGCCUCGACCCGUACUGCGGCCUGGGCUUCGUCCUUUGGUGCCUUUGCAGCGUGUACUCGGGCCACCAGUCCAUUCUGAUCCCGCCGUGCGAGCUGGAGAGCAACGCCUCCUUGUGGCUUUGGGCCGUCAGCCACCACAAAGUGCGAGACACCUUCUGCUCAUACAGCGUCAUGGACGUCAGCACCAGAGGACUCGCCAUGCAGACGGACGCUCUCAAGAGCCGCGGCGUGGACUUGUCCCGCGUGAGGACGUGCGUGGUCGUGGCUGAGGAGCGACCUCGGACGUCGCUGACUCAGUCCUUCUCCAAACUCUUCAAGGACCUCGGCCUUCACUCCCGUGCCGUCAGCACGGCCUUCGGAUGCCGGGUCAACAUGGCCGUCUGUCUCCAGGGAACAUCCAGUCCCGACCCGACCACCGUCUUUGUGGACAUGAGGGCGCUGCGUCAUGACAGGGUGCGACUCGUUGAGAGAGGAUCGCCUCACAGUUUGCCCCUGAUGGAGUCUGGGAAGAUCCUUCCCGGCGUUCGCAUCAUCAUCGCCAACCCAGAGACCAAAGGACCAAUGGGAGAGUCUCAUCUGGGCGAGAUUUGGGUUCAGAGCGGCCACAACUCGAGCGGCUACGUGAGCGUGUACGGGGAUGAAGCACUGCGUUCCGAUCACUUUGCAUCCAGACUGAGCUUCGGAGACACGCACACCGAGUGGUCGCGGACGGGUUACCUGGGCUUCCUGCGCAGAACGCGGCUGACCGACGCCAACGGAGAGCGCCACGAUGCGCUCUACGUGGUGGGCGCCUUGGAGGAGGCCAUGGAGCUCCGGGGCAUGCGUUACCACCCCGUCGACAUCGAGACCUCCGUCGUCAGGACGCACAAGAGCAUCACACAGUGCGCGGUGUUCACUUGGAGCAACCUGCUGGUGGCGGUGGUGGAGCUGGCGGCGUCGGAGCAGGAGGCGCUAGACCUGGUCCCGCUGGUGACCAACGCAGUCCUGGAGGAGCACUACCUGAUCGUGGGCGUGGUGGUGGUCGCCGACGUGGGCGUGGUCCCCAUCAACUCGCGCGGCGAGAAGCAGCGCAUGCACCUGCGCGAUGGAUUCCUGGCCGACCAGCUCGACCCCGUCUACGUGGCCUACAACAUGUAGCUGAACCUGAUGGUUCGCCAACGCCCCCCCCACCCCCACCCCGCGUCGACCAUACGCAGACAUGCUCAAACGCACUAAAAGACACGUUUGAAAGUAUUUCAUAGCACUGGUUUUGUGCAAUGGGAAGCUUGCAUAUAACAUCAUUCUGAAGGCUUGAAGAGAAGACUUGCUCGCUCACGGAGUUUUUGAAAAAAAAAUGGCUUCAAGCAAUCCAUUUGUAAGUACGGUUAAUUCACUUUUAAAGAGGAGACAACGUGAUUCGCAUUGUUCAAAUACGUAUUCAACCAAUUUGCCACCGCUUUGGGGAACCAAUCCUCUACUACUUAUUUGCAUUGUUGAUUAACCCAAACCCCCACCUGUCCCCCUCGCCUCAAAAACUUUUUCCCCCCAAAAAAAUUCAACCUCCAUUUUUUCUUUAUAUUCAUUUCAAAAUAUUUUUUGGGGGGAGGAGAAAUAAAAACAAAAAUAACGAAGCAAAGGGAUUGGGUGACAACAACGCAUAUGAGGAAAAAAACAGAUUGCUCGCAUCAGCAAACCCACGAAUGACGAGCAGCGAGCAUGCGACCCCGCCCGCAUGCCACCUCAGAUCAAAGACAUCCUGAAGUUGACUUUAAACUGAUCAAACUUCGGCUAUUCAAACACCAAAAUGUUCAACCAAACCCACAUGAAGUGUGUGAGCUUCAUAUGAGAAUAUAAUGGGAAACGCCAUAGAUAGGCUAACAGAAUUAACCGAUUUUGUCUUGAUUCUCAAAUUUCUCAACUGCUACUUGAACACAGAGCAGCAAUGCAUACAAACAGCGUCUAUGACAACAGUCAUAGGAAGAUAUUCUCUCUGCAACGUAAGAACGAUUGCUGGAGCUUAGUUGGGGACCUUCUCUACUUGCAAAAAAAAAAAAAAACAAUGGCCAUUUUUGUGGCCUCAGGAACGAAGAAGUGCCAGAUGGAACACCAGAAACCCCAAAUGGAGUCGUGGCAGCGGCACGGCCUGGGGGGUCGGUCGAGGAAGUUUGAAACGUUUUGCCAUUGCAACACAAACCAAAGAAACAAACUGGUGAAUGACAUUUUGUAAUCUUUUGAGAUGAAUCCUUUCCAGUUGCAUUUUCAGGUACUAUUCAGCCAAUUUUUUUUUUAGCAUUUCGACAAGCCACAUGCAUAUGUGUAAUUAUGUACAAAAAAAGUGAUUUAAUUUAUUUUGUCUCUCAGCAGUCAGGCGACAAAGAUGUCUGAGAGUUUAAAUAUUUGCUCCUAAAAAGGAAAAAAAAAAGCUUUGAGUUUGGAAGUCUGAUGGUGGAAAUAUUUUUUAACCACUCCGUCCUUUUGUCAUGUGCGAACGUCAAAAAAUGUUUGGCAAAACCAAGUCAAUUCCUCCAAGACUUUUAUGCCAAUGUUUUUACUUUCAUGCAAAUAUGUUUUUGUAGUGGUGGUGGGAAAGAAAAAGAAAAAUAAGAGCACUUUGCUGACAAGUUGUUGAUUUGACAUUUUUACAAUUUUUUUUAAUGCUUUUGAGUUUUUAUGUCAAUAAAUGUUUCAGGCGUUGCCUUUAAGUGUUUUGUGCACAUUUAUGGGAGA